AUGCUUUCGUUGAGAACAUGUUUGAGGCGAUUUAUUUUGAUAAAUAGAGCGUCGUUGUCGUCUAGUGCUGUAACGACAGGUGACUAUAUGGUGGAGGAUGACGAUGGAGUAGUGCAGAUGCGAAAAGAUCCGUACUGUAAACCAGUAAAACAGUGUUUUUUAUGUGCAAAGAAAAUUGAGUUAGAUUACAAAAAUGCUCGCUUAUUGCAGCAGUUCGUCUCAACAUUUUCUGGAAGAGUUUAUGAUCAACACAUCACUGGACUUUGUAAUGGACAACAGAGAAGGUUAUUGGAAACAAUUGCAUUGAGUCGUCGUGCUGGUUACAUGCCAGUAUUCGUUAAGGAUCCAAAGUAUCUGAGAGAUCCCAAGUUGUUUGAUCCACUGAAACCUAUCAGGCCUCAUAGUUAUGCAUAA